CACACACACACACACACACACACACACACACACAGAGACAAGCACACAUGUCAGGCUGUGGCUUCAGAUAUGGUUUUAGCCAAUGAAGAAAGGCAGCCUUCACCCACAGCUAAGUGCUCUCUUUUGGCCCCAUGCAUCACUCGUGUCAGUAAAGUGGCCCUGGUGAGAGAGGAGGGGGUGACAGAUGAACCGAGAGGCCGAUUGCUUUCUUUCCCUUCAAUCACGGCUCUGUGGCCGCGCAGCCUGUCCCGCAACGCUGGCCUCUGCCAAAAAUGUGUCGGCUCCCUCCAUACAAGCGUGAUCAAUGGCGAUGGUGUCUGGCUGUGUGACUGUAACACUGCGUUUGAUUGGCUUACCUCUGUCACAUCCGCCUCAGACAACAACACAAAGAUGGCAUUUUGGAAGCAACAUGAAAAACUGACAAAUAGACCAAUUUAUUUAUUUAUUUUUCCUUCACUGGUCGGUCAUGGACUGCACCCUGAAUCAGUUGGUAGCACUGUUGCCAGGCAACAAGAAGGUCCUGGGUUCAAAUCCUGCGUGGAGUCUGCAUGUUCCCCCAGUGCACGCAUGGAUUCUCUCCAGGAACUCUGGAUUCCUCCCAUGGUCCAAAAACAAGACUUUCAGGUUCAUUGGUAUCUUAAACUGCUCUUAGUCGUGAAUGUGGCCGUGCCUUUUUAUCUGCCGUGUGAUGGAAUGGCGACCUGUCCGGGGUGUACCCCGCCUCUCACCCAAUGGCUGCUGGAGAUAGUGGCGAUAGGCGGAGAGACAGAGGAGGUGAUGCAUCCAUCAGGUCUAGUGGCUACAGAACCAGCCUGUGGGGGCAGCGUUAUGAUCUGGGGUCGCUACGGUUGCUCAGGUCUUGGUUCAGCGACGUUGCGUGUCCAAAGAAAAAAGUCAGGCGACAAUCUGAAGCUACUGAACGACCCGGUCAUUCCAUCAGUGAAUUUCUCAAGGAUUCAUUGGGUCAAACUGUAAAACAGCGACGCCCUUUUCUCACAUAGAUUGGCCACCAUGGCGUAUCCCUUGGAUGUGCUGGAGAAAAUCGUCACAUUGGUUCGCCUCUCCCAUGAUCUCUUCAAGGCUGCGGUGGAAAAUCAAUGCCUCUGCUUGAACGAAGCCGCAGCAAAUGCACGGUGAAAGAAAUUAUUAGUGUGUGCAACUUUUUCUUGGGAACGUGAUGUGUUUGUUUUACUCCUUGAAAAGGUAAAAAUAAAGACUGGACAAAAUCUGAACCAGCAGGAUGGAUCUCAAACACAUCUAGGAACUGGUAUCUCCUCAGAGAAGCUUGUUUCUACUUGAUUUAAAACACAGAUUCUCUCUUUGAGGUUUCCUGCAAACUCCUCGACCCACAGCGGUCCUGUAGACUGAUGCACAUGUGUCUGUACAUCUUUAAUUAUUUGGAGGCGUGUUUCUUUAAUUUCUGGUCAUGUUUUGAUUUAGAUAGUUCCAUUUUAAUCUUCCUUGUGUUUCUGCAAGCUUCUCAUUGCAGCUUUGUUUC